AUGGCAUUGAGAGAUCAUGACUAUGUCAUUCCAGCCAAUCACGAAGAAGUCUGUGUAGCAAAUCUCAACCUCUUCCUACAAGACCACAACUACGCCCAACGUCCUGCUGCCAUUCAGAUUCAAGAAGAACAAGAAGAAGAUCAACCUCAGGCAGAAGGAGAAGAUCAACGACAAGCAGAAGAACAAGAAGAAGAUCAACAACAGCAACAACAAGAAGAUCAACCUCAGGCAGAAGGAGAUCAACCACAGGCAGAAGGAGAUCAACCACAGGCAGAAGAACAAGAUCAGCCACAGGCAGAAGAACAAGAAGAAAAUCAGCCACAAGAAGAAGGAGAAGAAGAAGAACAACAACAAGCAAGAACAUAUAGGACAAUCCCUGGCAUUCGGCUCAACUCAAAAUUUUAUGUUGAUAAUUUUGGGUAUAAAUAUUAUAAAAAAAAGUUACUCAUCAAUAGAAUAACUUUGGUUUGUGAGCGUCAAAAAAAUCCCAAUCGUCCUAUAUGUCAUGGUUCAGCAUCUAUCAGUAGAAACGAGAUGGACAACCAAAUUUUGAUUGUAGUUCCACACAAUCAUGAGCCGAAUGAAAUUGAUUUAAAUGUGCCAUUCCUGAGGAACGCUCUAGGUGAAAGAGCUAUUGAUCGGACAAUCACAACCCCAUCAAUUCGAGGUCUCUAUAAUAGCGAAAUAAUUAGGCAUCCCCAGGCUGCCAUUCGCUAUACAUUCCUCCAGACACAAGCUAGAACAAAAAGGAUGAGACUAUCGAGACGCCCACAAUUACCUCAGGACAUGCACGAUCUUGCAGAAAUGUUGAGAGACCCCCGGAAUGCAAAUUAUGCCUCAACAUUCCAAAUUCCUUCAACUGCCUUUUUCAAUCAAGAAUUGAUUGUAAAUGGAGUAACUGUUGGAAUUAUUUUUGCGAAUACUUCGGCAAUUGAAAAGUAUCGUGAACAGUUGGCUACAGUAGAGAUUGUCGGAAUAGAUGGUACGUAUAAGACGCCAAUGGACUUGCGAUCUUUCCUGACAUUUCAGAUUCUCUACAAAAGUGUUGCGUUUCCAAUGGUCUUUGUCCUUUUGGGGAGUGAGACAGAGGAAACGUAUUGUGCGUUAUUCGCUGUGAUACGCAAUAUUCUACCUUUGAAUUAUGAUGGAACGUUUGUUACUGAUUAUGAGCGUGCUUGAUGCGCUGUCCAGCAAAUCUUCCCUAACAGUAACUUACUAUGCUGUUGGUUCCAUUUACCAGGUAAUAUAACUACAUUUUGUACCGCUACAAUUUUGCACCGAAAAGUGAAUGGUGUCUUGAACUUGGUAAAGAGGCAUGAUGUAGCAGCUCGUAUUUUUAGAAUGGUACUAGCAUUGCCUCAUCUACCGGCUGAAAGGGGUCAUCCGGGGUGCCCUAAUUUUUGUAUGGAAGAUGGAUUAAAUACGAUUGUUAAUUAUACCUUACAAUUUCCCGAAAUUAAUGAGGUUAUGAAUCGUUUCCUGAUGGACUACAUUUACCAUUAUUGGUUUUUGCAAAUUGGUCCACGAUUUUUAAGUGUUUUUGGUCAAGAUCACCGGACCAACAAUUACUUAGAAUCCUUCCAUGCAACGUUGCUCACUCAAAUUGGACGCCACCCUAAUAUUUGGGACUUUCUUCAAAGACUGACUAUUGUGGAAAAUCAGUUCUUUGUAGAAUUUCAACAAAGCAUCAAUAAUCUCAUGAUCAGAGAUGGUACUUCCAGAUCUGAAAGAGAAAAUUCAACAAGGAUUAUUGCAGAAUCUGUACAGCAACUAAACAGAGACGGUGAUCUAUUGAUGUUUUUGAGGAGGACUGGUCACCGAAAUGAUGGCUAUGUUCAACAACAAAUUGGAGCCUAUCCCUGAGAGGUGUGUUAUUGUUGGGUCUGGAUCAACUAAACAGCCUAUUUCUCAUUGACCGAUCUAUACACACAAACACAUAUACUCAUAUACACACCUUACACAUCAUUACACCACAUAGCUCACUAGUAUUUGCGCGGCGAACCUAACCACUGCUAGUUGAACUAUAACACUAUUACACAUAAAACAUACAGGUCGGUUGGUGU